AGCUUUGUGAGGGCAACAACCUGCUCCUCCACAUUCCUGUGAUAUCGAAGAAGCCAGAGUGAAAGUACAUUAGAGGCCUCCUCCAAAAGACCAACAACAUGGGUACUCUGACGGCUAAUGUUCCUCGCCUGGACAGCCAUUGCCCUCAUAAGCUACCUACAUCAUGUCGAUUGACUGCAAUGCCGAUAUGCUGUGCAUGUCAAGAUGUUCGGGCACACUCGAUGACGUACUCAGUGUAUAUGGACGGCAUAGGAUUCGUACAACGAGGCACACGAUGGGACAAGUACUGUUGGUUUUGUGCAGAGUACUGGAAGAACAGAGUUGCUGCUGCCGGAAUCGAGCCUCCUCAAUCUCGCGUACCCGAAAGACCCGAUCAAGCCGACUUUCUUGAGAAAUGGUUCAUAUUUCAUAAAGGAUCUAUCACAAUACCGACGAGCUCGGGCUCGACACACACUAUCGCUAUAGACAUACAAGAUUGGGGCCUCGUGUCUCCCGGAAUACUUCCUCAGAUACCUCCAUCGACUGUUAACGAACUCAUCACGAAGUUUGGCACCGAGUCACUCUCAUUACUUCAAGAGGUCGUACCAGUAAAUCUACCAGAAGAAGGGCCUACAGACACUAUGCCACCUCACGUCUCGCUUGACGAUGCACUCGACGGCCUCAUGAAUGAUGGGGACUCAGAAAUGCCCUCACCUAGUCAAGCUCGAGCAAAUGUUGGACACUUAGACAUCACUCAACUCACUCAGCCUCGAGCCAGACGUGCCAACGUUAACAACUCAACACAGUUGGGUGCGCGAAAUCGGCGCUAUAGGGAACACUAUGGCUACACGGCUCGGCCACCGAUACAACAAGGCAAUACGAGGUUGCAGAGGACGGUACAGGCAGAUGGAAUGACCUGGAAUGGAGGAGUGGCGCAGCCUGCGACCGCAGCGGCACGAGACAACUUCGCAUCAUUAAACCAGUCUGAGAAUGUGCCGCCAUCGCGCCGGAACGGCUCACCAGACUUUUACGAGUUUGACACUGCUCAGAGUGCUGCACGAGAAACGAACAGGCAACGUCGACGAGGGCGCCAAGCGGCUGUAUUUGGCUCGCGCGAAGACGUUCAAAGAGACGACUACACAAGCCCAAUCACCCAGAUGUUCGCUAAUGCAGAGCGACAUCAGCGACAGCUGGACCAAGACCGUAUGCACGCUGAGCAGCUCACGCGACAAGAGGCAUCUGUGUCGGCACCUGGGAGCGCAACGCAACCUUCCAGAAAUAAUCUCGGAUCCCACCUCGCGGAUCUUCUCUUGGUUGACUCAAACAAUAGCGAGUACUUCGAGCGCGAUAACAGGUGGAACUUCCCACCUCGGCAUAGACGAAUGCUCGAUAUCACAAACAACAACGUUUACCGAAAUGCAUAUCCAGACUUUUACCGCCAGACACCAGGAAUUGUUAGCCCACCGGCAGACCCCCCGACGUACGACUCGAUCUUCGACCGUGCGCACACACGACCACUCGCACAUGGACCCCCAUAUCUUACAGGUGACUUUCAUAACCCGGCACCUGUGGCUUCGCAGCUGUCUCAAACGCUCGACAAUCCCGCCCGUCCAGAGCCGCUGUCAGACGAGGAAAUGAACGUCUCAAUCGCAUGCAAUGUCUGCUAUGUGCAGAAAGCAUCGGUAGUGUUGAUUCCCUGCGGGCACAUGAUAAUGUGUCAAUGGUGUGCGGACGUAGUGGUGCCGCUGAAUGGAUCUGGCGACAACACGUUUGUCAGGCGGAGAGAUGGGCCGAGACAGUGUCCAAAGUGCAGAAAACAUGUUAGUCAGCGCCAUAAGGUGCAUCUUUAGAGAUGACUGGUGGGUUGAGACUGGCGUGUGAUGAGAUGAUUGAGGUAUUUGAGGCCCAACAUUCUUUGAUAGCCACCUAUAUGACGUGGAAAUCAUGCUGUUUUGAAAGUUGAGCUUAGUCCAGGCCUCGGUGUUUUGUGCUCUGAGCUUCCGUGUGUUCCUUUCGCCUAUUUGCACUUUGUAGUCUUGUGUCCAGCAGACAUGGACGCGACUGUGAUGCUGUGGUGCUGUGGUGCUGUGGUGCUGUGGUGCUGUGGUGCUGCGGUCCAUGUCGAACCAUGCCUCGUCCUGCACCCAAAUCAUAAUUCCAACAGAAGCGUACAUGAUAGAUAGAUGAAAGCGUACAUUCCUUCCAAUCCAGUCGUCAAUAUGAAAGGAAAAGAGACAAAGACUCCAGCCUACCAGUCCGCCAAAAAAAAACAAAGCAAUC